AUGCUGGCCGAAUUUGAUGAAACGUGUAAAAAGAUCGGUCUUCAGCUGAACCGAGACAAGACGAUGUUUAUGGGGAGCGCAUGGGUUUCUGAUGCCCCAUUCACGCUCAACGGUAUGAACAUAUCCGAUUGCUCCAGCUAUGUAUAUCUAGGUCAGGAAAUGAACAUGAUGAACGACCUGACCUCCGAGCUGGUCAAAAGGAAACGAGCGGCUUGGGAAGCAUUCAAGAGCAUCGAGGAUAUAGUGAAGAGAACCAAGAACAUCUGGCUCGGUGCUCGCCUAUUCAGUACAACCGUUCUUCCUGCUUUGGCCUACGCUUCAGAAACGUGGUCGUUUCUGAAGCAAGAGGAAGAGCAAGAGCGACUGGAUACCACAUGA